ACAAAAACAAAGAUGGCUGCUCAUUCACGUUUGUAGGUAAACUGUCUGCAAAAAGUGAUUAAUUUGAUCAAUAUGAAGUCGGACGUCGAGGAGCUGAUGCCAAGACUCCUGCCUGUGGAGUUUAGAGAUAUUAACGAUGAGUUGGAUUUAAAUGGGCCCCCAAGAAAUCCCCAAGAAUAUCUGCGACAAGUCCAGUUGGAAGCGUCAAUGUGCCCUGAUGUGGUGGUAGCCCAGAUCGAUCCAAAGAAACUAACAAAGAAACAAACUGUCAGCGCAUCGGUUGCAAGCUGUCAUUCAGCUCCUAAAGGAUUUUCUCCGAGUCUCAGCUGGCAGCAGAAACAAGUUAGCACCUUCUCAGAUGUCAGACAGAGCAUUACCAAAAACAGGACACAUUGGAGUAGCCAGUCGCUUGAUGACAAUGUGCAAAUGCCCAAAAUUACUGAUGAGGAGGGCUGGAGGAGGUUUUGUCUGGGGAGGAAAGUCUGUUUAGGAACAUCUUCCAAUGCCGAAGCAGAACCCACUCCUGAACUUGAUUAUAGUCAGGUGGGCUUCCCUCCAUUCCUUAGCAUUGUCAGCAGGCUCAACCAGUCAACAGUACUGGUGGUUCUAGACAUUCUUAUUAAUUGGUUUGAAGAAAAAGACUUUGCCCCACAGCUGGGUCGUUGGUUAUAUGCACUAUUGGCCUGUUUGGAAAAGCCUCUAAUACCUGAAGCCCACUCCUCUAUUAGACAACUGGCGAGAAGAUGUUCACACCUUCGAAGCACAUUGGAGAGUCAAGAUGACGAAAAACUACCUGCUCUAAAUUUGCUUAUUUGCCUUGUUGCCAGAUACUUCGAACAAAGUGACCUUGCAGACCAGCCAGAAACUGAAAUCUGAAGACUUCAAAGUGACUUGUUUCAUAUUAUAAACUGCGGCUAAACUAUGGCACAGGGGCAAAUGCAACUCUUGAGUUGCUGAAUUGGCCAAAAUGAUCAUAGCCAUUACAAAACAAACUCGAUUAACAUUGUAAUGUGUUACAGAUCUAAAAUUAAUGCUCCAGGCCUUAAUGGUGCAGUGCACUCUGCAUGUUUCUUUAUGCUGCCUUUGGUGACAAGUUUUGACAACCUUGCUGUUAAUAUCAUUCUUCAAUGUAUAUUAUGGAAACUGUACCGAUAGUUAGUUUCCUAUUAAAUAAUUUCCUAUGACUUGUUUUAUAA